UCCCUUUUCAAAACUCACAGGAUCGAAUGCGGGAACUUGUGGAGUCUGUCCCCUCACAGAUGUGGAAAAGAUCCGUGUCCAGGGAAUACAGAAAUUCCACAAUUCCAUGAUCCACGUGGAAUUUAACAUGGAUAUUCGGGAUCUGGCUGUUCAGGAAAGCCUGGCUGGAAGAGAAAUGUCCACGCUGAGGGGUUUUUUGGAGAACACUGAGCUGGUGGUUUGUUCCUGAUGUCCCCCCGGGAACGAUUCCAGGAGCCUGGUGAGAUUUUCCCUGGAUAUUUGGGUUAUUGAUGUCUUCCCGAGCUGCAGAACGAUGGGAUCCAGAUUCCAGCCAGCAGUGACUCUUCCCAUCCUUGUUUUCCUGCAGAUCAUUCCCGGGGUCACAGGCCAGUACAGCAUAAUUCCUCCUGACAGCCCUGUCCUUGGAGUCGUCGGGGAUGGAGCCGUCCUGCCCUGCCAGUUACAAGGCAGAAUAAUCCCAGAGAAACUUUCCAUCCAGUGGAUCUUCUCUGGGAGCUCCACAGAAAGUGCAGUGGCCACUUUUGAUGGGAAAACCCCUCAGAAUCCAUUUCUGGAGUUCGAGGGCUAUCGGAGCAGGACGGAGUUUUUCCCAUCGGAAUUCCACCGGGGAAAUCUGUCCCUUCUCCUGAAGAACGUCCGUCCCUCAGACCAAGGGGAAUACACCUGCAGCGUCUUCCUAGAGAACUGGUACGACCAGGUCGUGGUGGAACUGGAUGUGGCAGCUCAGGGUGCCGAGCCCUCGGUUUUCCUGGAUGGACACGCUGGGAACGGCAUCAGCCUCUCCUGCAGAUCCCAGGGAUGGUUCCCGGCGCCCUCCGUGGUUUGGCUGGACAGCCAAGGCCAGACGCGGCCGGAGGAAGUGACCACUCGGAGCACUGCAGGCCCUUCCUCCGGCAUCUUUGAUGUCGUGAGUUCCAUGAGCCUGGAGCUGGGAUCGGACCGGGAAGUGUCCUGCAGGGUGGUCAACGAGGUGCUCAACGCCACGCGGGAAUCCCGAGUCCGGAUUGCAGAUUCCUUCUUCCCUUCCACAUCCCCCUGGAUGAUCUCUUCCCUCAUCAUUUUAUGUGUGGAUUUGGGAAUUCUCGGGGCCGCGGUUUAUAAAAUGAAACGCAGUUUAAUGGAAACCGGGAAAGCAGAGCGCUCGAGGAAGGAGGCGGGGACAGAAAAAGACCGUUUGAAGGCACAGCUGGACCGACUCCGAGCCGAGCUGGGUAAGAGAGGGCCCUGA